AUGUCAGUCAACACCACACCGUUAGAAUCUAUACACUUCUGCAACUUGUGUAAUAAACCCAUCGCCACAGAAUCCGCUUAUAAGCGGCACAUCGCCUAUUGCCGCAGGGCUCAAAGUCGCCCUAAGAAACGACCUCGUUCUUGUAAAGAAUGUCACUCUGCAAAGGCGAAGUGUAGUUUCGAGACCGAGUGUUCGCGCUGCAAGGCCAAGGGUCUACAUUGUGUCUACGAGACCUCUUUCACCCCUUCGCGUGUUGCUGGCGCUGGCGCAAAAAAGACCGUAUCUGAAUCGACAGAGAAUCAUGAUAAUGUAGAAUGCAAUUCGCUCGCAUACCGCUUCGGCGCUUCAGCGAGCCUCGAGCUACCUACUACGUCGCCUCGGACCUUGAUCGAGCUUCGUACCGACCCAGUUGCUUGGCACAGCGCCAAAUUCAUCCUUGAAACCAUGCGAGGGCUGCCCCUCAUGAUGCUCAGCAGAGAGAGCUUCUCGUGGUAUAGCCACGGCUAUUGGUUUCAAUCCGAGCUUCCUCGAGACAUCGCAAAAUGCUCAGCGCUAGUGAACUUAUACAACAGACGCCAGGACCCCAUGAAAGAAUCUGUAUGGUCGAUGAUAAAUGAAGAAAAUCGGCAACUCCUCCGCAUCCUACCGACGUGCUCGCUCAACGAUCUGAUCUCGUCGAUGCACGCGCAGAUUAUAUAUAUGAUCAUGUUCGCUCUAGAUAACAACGCCACCCCAGAAGUGCCCGAGAUCCGUCUUCAGAUGCUCAUGACCUUUGACCUUUAUGGGAAAAGGAGCAAAGAAUUCGAUUCGAUGAUAUGGUUCCCCGUCAGCGACUUCGAUAAUCCAACCGUGACCUGGGAAGAAUGGGUUUACACCGAGUCGCGGCGAAGAUGUGCCGUCACCUGGUUCCUCUUAAGUCGCGUGAUAGACGUCAAGUUCGGAGUUAUGUGUCCCAGCAUUAGCAAUUACCGCGCGCUUCCGCUCCCCUCCCCGGACUCGCUUUGGAGUGCCAGGACGCAAGCCCAGUGGGAAGCUGCCCGCGUACUUUAUCUUGAGCGGAAUAACUCGUCGCUACGGACCUUUGGAGAUCUAGUAGAUGCUCGAUCAAGUCCUCAUAACUCAGACCGCGGCCAGGAGCUGAACAGAUGGCAUGCAAGCUGCGAUAAGCUUGGACUUCUCCUAACCUUAGCCACCACCAUGGUGUAA